GGUCUCAGCUGUUGUUUGAGCCCUCGCGGCUGCUGUAGCUCCUGGAGGAGGGAGAAGGCAUGACUGCGUUUGACGUGGACCAUUUCCGUGUGGAGACGAUGGGCGAGCAGAGUGUGCGGCUCGCGGUUCAUCUGAAUUAGUCUCGAUUUGAGCCUGGAUCUGCCCUGAAUCCCGGUCAGAGCUGGAUCCACGGGGGUCGGCACACUACAGUCUCUCACAGGCUGGUCUCUUUGUGCUCCCGUCUCCCUGCGCCCCGCUUCCAUCAUGAUUAAAGCCAUUCUCAUUUUCAACAACCACGGGAAACCACGGCUCUCCAAAUUCUACGAGCACUACACAGAAGACACAGAACAGCAGAUCAUCAGGGAAACCUUCCACUUGGUCUCGAAAAGAGAUGAGAACGUGUGUAAUUUCCUUGAAGGUGGAAUGUUGAUUGGAGGAUCAGACUACAAACUCAUCUACAGACACUAUGCCACUCUCUACUUUGUCUUCUGUGUGGACUCAUCAGAGAGUGAACUAGGAAUCUUAGACUUAAUCCAGGUCUUUGUGGAGACUUUGGACAAGUGCUUUGAGAAUGUUUGUGAGCUUGACUUAAUCUUCCACGUAGAUAAGGUGCACAACAUUCUAGCCGAGAUGGUGAUGGGGGGGAUGGUUCUAGAGACGAACAUGAACGAGAUCAUCACACAGGUGGAUGCUCAGAACAAGAUGGAGAAGUCUGAGGCCGGUAUCGCAGGGGCUCCCGCUCGUGCUGUAUCUGCUGUAAAGAACAUGAACCUCCCAGAAAUGCCCCGAAACAUCAACAUAGGUGACAUCAGUAUAAAAGUGCCAAAUCUGCCCUCCUUCAAAUAGUGGCAUCUUGACCACAGCCUGCAGAUGUCCGCGAGUGUUUACCAAGAUGCAAUCUGUUUACCAAAACCUCAAACGACUUACCUUAUGACAGUAUACUUGUAGAAGGUACUGAGUGAUUUGAAACUUUUGCUGGUGUUUUUGUUUAGCUUUAUUUUUCUGUUUCAACAAAAGUGAAGUAUUUAUUUCUUAAUGGUACAUUCCUGCUGCCUCUCUGGAGGUUGGUGAUUAAAGGUUCACUGUGUAACUUUCCUGGCGGGGGGGCACCUGCUUGUCUCCAUGGAGAUGUUGCCUGAAAUGUUCCACAGUAUGACAUUAGAUAUCAAAUGUCAAUACAAUUCAAUUAUAUCUUGUUUAGUUGCUCAAAGAAUGCCUCUCCACCGAUCUGACCUGUAACUUGGCCUGAUGGUUAAAACAGGUUUCACGUCUUUUCACAGGUUAAAAUGGGGUUAUCGUAAGAGUGAACUGACCAAACUAAAAUAAAUUAUGGAUAAAAUAAAAUAGAAGUGGGAGCUAAAAUGGUAGAGACAAUGAAACCCAAAAACAUAGGUAAAAUUAUAAUUUUAACUGAAAAUGAUAAUUUUAACAACAGAAAUAAUAACAUCAAACUGUAAAAUAAGCACGUAGGAAAUGAAAGCUGUACUAAAACUGAAUAAAGCCAAACUAAACUGAAAUAGAAUAAGAUAAAAAUAUCUAAAACUGGUGCUGUGGAAAGGUGCAGAGUUGACAGCUGAAUCUUUGGGGCUACCUAGAACACAAAGCAGAAGCCAGCGACGAGGUACGAAGCAAGUUAAAUACAAAACACUGCUUAUUUUGCAUUGUCACUUAUUGCCCAGCAGAGCUCUCCGCUCUGCUGCGUUCUCGGGACUUGUGCCUUGUACCAGUCUAGGCCCACACACUCCCCGUGUCUCUCCUCCGAUCAGUCCUGCCCUUGUGCUGGUUCCUUCUUCAUUUAAUGUUCAAAUCUUGCGCCAAGGACAGGCGCACCAAUUACCUACCAGCAGGGAUGGGCUAAAAGGCUAAAAGGUCAUGUGGAUCAUUCUGGUGAUAGAGGAGGAGCUUUAGCUCAUGCAUAAAAAGUCAAAGCAUGCAGGGCUAAAAACACAGAAAUGCAAAUAUGAAAAUUAAAAUGGUUUAAAAUGCAAUCCCACCUGCACCAACUGCCAUCAUACUGUGAAACAUUUCAGGCAAAGUCAUUACAUCUCCAUGGAAAUGGUGGCGCCUCCACUAGAAAAGUCACAUAGUGUACCUUUAAUGUGGAGCUGCGCCUGCUACCGAUCUGUGAUAGUUUGUGACCUGAAUUGUUUUGUUUGUGUUGUAUACAUUAAACUAAUGUGCUGAUGGUGAAAACACGGGGGCAGUUUUAUAUUGGUUUGCUUUUUCAGACCAAAUAAUCAAUCAAAUGAAGAAGUUAUAUCUAUUGUAGAAAAAGACAGCUUGAAUAAUUCAAAUCUUACUGUAUCAUCAAAUAUAAAUAUAUAUAUAUAUUACAAGAAAAUAAAUUCUAUUGAAUAAGAAGUGUUGUGUGAUGGAUGUACAAGAACAAUUAUUUACUUUUGUUUAUUGUAUGCAAGAUAUUUUUAAAUCUUUUAUUAUCUUGUUUUUAUUAUUUUUAUCUUACUUUGGAUAUGAGCAUGAGUUUGUAUUAUUUACUUUUUCUUCAAAAAUAAAAUUGAAUUCAACG